AUGCCAGGUGUGGCGCCCAUGCCAGGUGUGGCGCCCAUGCCAUGUGUGGCGCCCAUGCCAGGUGUGGCGCCCAUGCCAGGUGUGGCGCCCAUGCCAGGUGUGGCGCCCAUGCCAUGUGUGGCGCCCAUGCCAUGUGUGUCGCCCAUGCCAUGUGUGUCGCCCAUGCCAGGUGUGGCGCCCAUGCCAUGUGUGUCGCCUAUGCCAUGUGUGUCGCCCAUGCCAGGUGUGGCGCCCAUGCCAUGUGUGUCGCCUAUGCCAUGUGUGUCGCCCAUGCCAUGUGUGUCGCCUAUGCCAGGUGUGGCGCCCAUGCCAUGUGUGGCGCCCAUGCCAGGUGUGGCGCCCAUGCCAGGUGUGUCGCCCAUGCCAGGUGUGGCACCCAUGCCAGGUGUGGCGCCCAUGCCAGGGGUGUCUCCCAUGCCAUGUGUGUCGCCCAUGCCAGGUGUGGCGCCCAUGCCAGGUGUGGCGCCCAUGCCAGGUGUGGCACCCAUGCCAGGUGUGGCACCCAUGCCAGGUGUGGCGCCCAUGCCAGGGGUGUCUCCCAUGCCAUGUGUGUCGCCCAUGCCAGGUGUGGCGCCCAUGCCAGGUGUGGCGCCCAUGCCAGGUGUGGCGCCCAUGCCAGGUGUGGCGCCCAUGCCAGGUGUGGCGCCCAUGCCAGGUGUGGCGCCCAUGCCAGGUGUGGCGCCCAUGUCAGGUGUGGCGUGCAUCCUGUUACACACAUGGCCUCAGAGUACGGUGUCAUUACUCACACUCUCCUUCAUUGUUACAUCCCUACUACUUUGA